UCUGAAGUUCUCUUCUUAUUUAAUCUCUCUCUCUCUCUCUGCCUCCCUCUACCUACUUUCUUUCUUCAAGUUCUUCAAGAUGGUGUCCAUGGCGAUGGCAGAAACCGUCAUCUUUGAUAUUUGGUUGGCCCUCACGUUCAUCCACUUUAUGAUGUUCAUCAAGCUCUUCAUCGAGCACUACAUACAACGUCACAAUUCUGCAGCCACUGAUCAUAUCCCUCUUGCUGCAGCCGCUGCUGCUUCUGUUUUUGUGGUAAUUGAUGUCGCCCCUCACAUCAAUCCUGCGGCUGCUGGUGCUGGUGCUGCCGUCAUGUUUGUCAUGUUGGCUGCCUUUAUCAACCUCACGGAGAAGUGCAUAAAAAUUGUGCAGCGCCAUGCUUUAGUUGUCAUUGAUGUUGAUGAUCAUCACGAUUCGGUUGUCACUGAUGUCGAGCGCCUGCUGAAGAUGGAGGAGAUUGGUUGGGUUUCUGUGGGGGUCGAGGAUGUGGAAGGAGAUCAAUCUAAGUCUUCCUGUGCGAUUUGUUUGCAGGAAUACAAUGUUAAAGAGAAGGUCAGGGUGCUGCCUAAUUGCAGUCAUAGGUUUCAUAUAAAGUGUAUUGAUCAAUGGUUGGUGAUGCAUUCGUCGUGUCCACUUUGUCGUGGUCAAAUUUGGGUGCUGCAGUACUAAUCCUUUUCAGUCUUGACAAUGGUGGAAGUGCAUAUAGAGCGCCUAAUGGUGUUACAUGACACCACUGGAUUGCCUACUUUUUUAAAAAAACUUACUUUUACAUGUAUUUAUUAUUUAGGAAAACACUAAAAUUAGGUUAGGAUACCAUUGUGGAGGAUAAUCCUAGACAUUGCUAACUUCAAUGAACUCAUAAGUUACAUGAAGACACCAUUAGAAUAAAAUCUUGGCUCUGUCAUGACUCUUGGGGAAGGGUUUUUUUUCUUUCUUUUUAAAGUGUAGUUUAUGAUUGCAAGUUAAUAUGGUAGGCUGUGCAUGUUUCAAACUUGUACAUGCAUUAGUGAAAAGAAGUUGUG